CUUUCCUGCCGCUAUUGCAAGGCCGCUGGUCGUGCCAUCACCAACUGCCCACUACUCGAGAAGAAGAAACGGCGACAGCAGCAGCAGCAGCAGCAGCAGCAGCAGCAGCAACAGCAGCAGCCGCAGCAGCAGCAGCAGCCGCACCUGCACCAGCAGCAGCACCACCAGCCAUACCUCCAGCAGCAGCAGCAGUUCAACUUCCGUUCUCACACAUCCAGCUCGCCCAACAAGGCAUCCACGCACUCCCCUCUGCCUUAUUCUGCCCACUCUGCCCAGCCCAUCCUCCCCUCUCCUAGCUACGACCCCACUUCCCCGACAC